GUGAUCUGACGUCGCCAUUUUGCGUUCGUUGAAGGAUGGUGUGUGUGCGUGCUGUCUACGUGGAAAUGCUGCUCAUGUCGGAUUGUUAGAGGAGUUGAAAUUUAUCACAAUAUCUUGUCUUUUUAUUGCCCGAGCUGUUUAGAGUAUAAGAGCUCUAUCAGACUUUGGCAUUUAUCCCUAAACUUUCAGCCUAUACCCCUUGUCAGCCCGACCCCUCUCACACCUUAUUUGUGGGGUCUGGACAAGGAAAAACGCAGGAAAUCGAUUGCUAUGACGGACACAAAACACAACUUUCAUCGCAAGAACGUCGAGGCUCUUUAAAAUAAGCCUAGAGUUAAGAAAAAUCUGAAGGACGAGUUUAAACUCGAAAGAAGGUAUGACGUAGACAGACAUUUCCAAUUAAGAUGGAUGAAGGCAGUGAGCCACUAGAAGGUGAAUUACAGUACUUGUCUCAGGAUAUCAGCGAUGAUGCAAUGCCAGACUCUCAGGCAAACAAUAAGUUGAUUUCUGAGAUUGAACAGGGUGAUGAAGAAGCUGAAGAAGAUCUGAACUUUGAAAAUGCACAAGGGCCAGAACAAGGCAGCAGACAUAAAUCCCGCCAUGAACAUUCCUCAAGGCACAAAGGUCACAAACGACGAUCUCACAGAUAUUCGAGAAGGCAUCAUGAAGAUGCCAUGGAAGACCUGAUAGAGGAGGAUGACGAAUCUGAAUUUCCAGGUUGUGCAGGGACAAAGAUGACACAUUCAAUUGAAGAAAAUGACAUGGAAGAUGGAGAAAUACUGGAGGACGGAGAAAUUGCUACUGAUGAAGACGAUGAUGCCAAUGCAAAAUUUUCUGUGCCAGAAAAUGAUGCUGCAUCUGCUGGAGACUCUGAAGAUCAUGGUAAUGAAAGUGAAAGUGAAGAAAACAAAACAAAGGAAAAAAGCAAGCGGGAUCGACGAAAAAAACCUAAGAAGGAAAAGCGACAUAAAGAUGGAAAGCAAAAGAAGAAGUCACGUCGACAUGCUGCCUAUGUUGAUCACGACCGCUUGGAUUAUGAGUCAGGUGGUAGAUGGUCUGGUUAUCAGGGUGGUCUGGCAGAAGAAGAUGAAAACUAUGACACUCAUUACCAAGGCUCCUCCCAUUAUGCCAGAAAGCGGCAUGCCCCUCGUGAUUCUUACUAUUAUGUAGGUUCUAGUCCACCGGGGUUGUAUGACAGUCCAUCGGAGGAGUCUGAUGAUGAGGUUCCAAGUGUACAGCAGAGCAUGACAAGCAUGGUUUCUGAUGAAUACAUCGAUGCUAAUGUAGCUGCAAAUGAAAAAGAGCCUGCCAAAGUAAAAGGGAAUGCAAAACCAAGAGAAAAAAGAAAAACGAGAUUAGGAAAACGAAAGGGAGACAUCAUGCGCCACAUUGAGCAACAACCCAAGAAGAAGCCACUUUUGGAAAUUCCAAUGGCAGAGCGGCCUAUUUGCAAAUUUUUUAAGGAAGGAAAAUGUGCCAAGGGAUCAUCAUGCCCUUUCAACCAUGACUUUAAGCCAAAACGGUUAGAGGUGUGCAAGUUUUACACUACACAAAAUGGAUGCCAGAAAGGAGAGAACUGCAUUUACAUGCAUGGUGAUUACCCAUGCAAGUAUUACCACACUGGAGCAACUUGCUACUCCGGUGACAAUUGUCGCUUCUCCCAUGAUCCACUGACAGAAGACACAAGACGCAUUGUUGAAGAGAUGAGACAUCAUAAAGACUUUGAAAUGGAACCUCCAGAGAGGCAUAUUAAAAAACCAAGUUUGCUGGGUUCACCACCUCGGCACAUAAAGGAAGCAGCAGAAAGAGCAAAAGAAGUCAAGAAAAUUCCCUCUCUGUUUGAUAUUGAAGUUUUUCCACCUGGCAAAGAACCACCUAUACCUACUGGGUUCUACAGUGAAAGGUCUCCUCGAGGUGAGAAAUCGCCACCACCAGAAAGAAAAUCCAACUUAAAUUCAGAGUCAAACCAGUGCCCAGUAGGUAUGAAUUCACCACCUCAUCCAGGGCAGAUGCCGAUGUCUUCCCAAGGCUUCUCUCCUAACCAAGGGCCCAUCAGUAGCUUAGGUAGUCACCAACCGGGACCUAGCUUGCUUGGAAGCCCUGCACAGGGCACAGGCAUGGUUUUGCCUAUGCGCAACAACACACAGCAGGGACCCAUGAUGAUGGCUGGACCAAAUGGACCAUCUGGUGCUCGGCCAAUGAUGGGGCAGCAGCGGCCAAUGUUUGGGAUGCAGCAAGGUAUGAACCCAGCCAUGCACCAGGGAAUGAACCCAGCCAUGCACCAAGGUAUGAAUCCAGGGAUGCAGCGACUGCAGAAUCCAGGUAUGCAAAAUAUGAAUCCUGGAAUGCAGCAAGGCCCACGUCCUGGAAUGCAACAAGGCCUUAUGCAGGUGAUGAAUUCAAACUUGCAGCAAGGCUUAAAUCAGGUCAUGAAACCUGGAAUGCAGCAAGGAAUAAUCCAAAACAUGCCACAAAAUAUGAACCUUAACAUGCAGAGUAUGAACCAACCCAUAAAUACAAACAUGCAGCAAGGGAUGAACCCUGGCAUGCAGCAGGGAAUGAACCCUGGCAUGCAGCAGGGAAUAAAUCAGAGCUUAAACUCAAAUAUGCAGCAAGGGAUUAAUCCUAACAUGCCCCAAAACAUGAACUCCAAUAUGCAGCAGGGAAUAAACAUGCCAAGUAUAAGAGGAAUGAACCCUGGCUUGCAACAAGGAAUGAAUGCCAACAUGCAGCAUGGCAUGCCCCAAGGGAUCGGGACUGGAAUGUUGAAUCCAAGAAUACCAGGAGGCCCUAGGUUGCCUUUCAACCUGGGAGGAGGCCAGCAGACUGCAUCCUCUAUGCCACCGGUCCUGAAUAUGAUCAGCGCACUUCUGCGUGGUGCAUCGGGUAAUGGGCCUUUCAGCCAGAACAGCCAUCAGCAGCAGCUUCAGCAGGCUGGGGUAGGAGUUUCACAGGAUACAGACAUGCGCAGGGGAGCUGGGGGACAAGAUGUGCACAAAAUGGAGUCGCCUUCCCAUGGAAACAGCCAGGAUAGUGCCACUGUUGAGGAUUCUGUGAGUGGUGAACAUGAGGAUGGAGUGUGUAAAACUAAGCAAGACAGCGAUGUGGUGCCUGAGUCAUCCUGCCAGCCUGAGCAAAAGGUUUCUGGUCAGAUAACUCCACUAGAAUCACAACUGGAGGAAGAAAUAGCAGAAAAUCAGCUCUCUGAUGACAAGGAAGAAAAAGAGGAAGGCCGGGUGACAUUUGCACCUGAUGAAUCAUCACAACAAUCACCAGGAGAAUCAGACAGCUCAUCAGAAGAUCAGUUUUUAUCAAAAUCCAUUGGAGACAAGGAAAAUGAAUCUGCUAUCCCCAUGCAUCUGCCACCCAUGCAGCGACAGUUAUUUAUGCGCAUUCGACAGCAGCAACUCCAUCAGCUGCAGCAGCCGGAUGUAGAAGAGUUAUCAGAGGGAACCACAAAAAAGAAUACCUUAUCAAGUCAUGAAGAAAAACAUGCUGAAACAAUGGAUGAUGAUGAUGAUGACAACUGGUACUCCAGUGAUGAGGAAGACCAGGAUAAACCAAAGGCAAAACUUACUGAUAUUCUGAAAACUAUAACUCAGACAUCUGGAUCAAGUACAGUUACCACUGAAAGCCACUCAAAUUCAGGACCUGAUUCUACUUUAGGGACUUCUACAUUUUCAUCAACAGCAUCGACAUUUAAUGUGAUGCAGAUGAUCCAGUCAAUUCGUAAUCAGGCACAGACUGACAAAUCAGUUUCUUUGCCCACAUCUCAGAGUUCUUCUGCUGCAGGUUCAGCAGUGACACCAUCCAACACUGCAGUCUCUGGUGCUCCAUCACAAAGAGAUCCUCGCCAGCGACAAACAGACCCCAGGUUGAAGCGUUCUGCUGGACAAGAAGCACAGGUGAUGCCAUCAUCUGGACAGCUACCACUGCUUCCUCCUCUGCAUGUAGAUCCCCCUGUCACAAAUGCUGUUCCACAUUCUCCAAUGACGUACCAGAUCAGUUUGCUGAUUUUGCCUGGUUCUAAAGUGUAUGCCUCUCUGCCCUCAACAAUUGAUCCCUCGGAUCCUUUGCAGAAGGCAGAUCCACGUGUUCAGCGCUUUUUGAAGCUGCAAGAGGAAAAAGCAGUGGAAAUUAAAAAGCCUCAGGACCCAAGACUUCGGCGCUCCAACAGCUUGGCAGAAGGGGGCAGCAGUCCUUCCUCGCGUCCUCAGGAUCCUCGAUCCAGACGGAAAGAUCCUCGCAUGCAGGGCAUGAUGCAGGAUCCUCGUCCCCAGCCUGUUGGUCCUCAGACUGUCUCAGGCCCUGAUCUUCACUUGCAGAAUGUACCUCCACAAGAACCGUGGCUGCAGAACAACAUGGGUGCCAAUAUGAUGCAUCAUCACAUGGGCCCAAUAGGUAUGAUGCAGCAGCAAAAUAAUAUGGGGCCUGGCCCGGAAUUUCAGAAUGGCAUGAUGCCUGGACCUCGUAUGAUGCAAAAUGAUCCCCGCAAUAGUAUGAUGGGUAUGCCAGGAGGGCUUACGAACAUGCAGCAAGGUCCCAUGGGAAUGCAGCAAGGCCCCAUGGGAAUGCAACAGCGGCCCAUGGGAAUGCAGCAAGGGCCCAUGGGAAUGCAGCAGGGACCAAUGGGAAUGCAACAGCGCCCAAUGGGAAUGCAGCAAGGCUUAAUCAACAUGCAGCAGGGUCCACUGAAUAUGCAGCAAGGACCUAUGGGGUUUGGUCAGGAUACAAGACAGGGCAAUUUAGGUAUGCAACAGGGGCCAUUAGGCAUGCAGCAGGGGCCUUUGGCAAUGCAGCAUGAUUCUCGUCAAAACUCUGUGGGAAUGCUGCAAGGUCCUAUGGGUGGACUGCAAGGCAACAUGGGUGUGCAACAUGGGUCUGUGGGAAUACAGCAGGGACCAAUUGGGCCCAUGGGCGGACUUCAGGGCAACAUGGGGCAGGAACCCCAUCAUGUCUCAGUAGCUAUAUCACAAGAUCCAAGACAGAACCCAGCCAGCAACUCGCUAGAUUCUCCAUCUCGAGCUGGAGAUCCACGCUUGAAAAGGGGACCACAGGGAGAUCCACGACAGGUCAAGCAGCCUUUGUUACCUGUGCCAGGUUCUGGGUUGGAUCCACGUAUGGCACGCCUAGGGGUGGGAGGCCAGAGGCAAGGUUUGAGCUCCUCUCCUCGUGCAGAUGAUUCUGGCAGCUCUCCAAGUCAUCCUACAGAUCAAGCUUAUCCAAGAAACAGCUUCGUUCACUCCAGGAAAAGUUCCUCCCCUUCUCCUCAGUCUUCUUCAGAGGACAGUGACAUUCACAAGGCAGUAGUUACUUUGAAAAGUGACAGCACAACUCUGUUAGAAAGUGGUCAGCACUCAGUAACUUCUGGACAAAUGGACCUGAUGCCUAAAUCAGAAGCAGAAGGUGGUGUGAGUGAUGAAAGUUCAAACAGUGAAGAUGGCACCACUGGCAAAAAUAAGAAGACAUUUGACCACAGAAAUGACCCGCGAUUUAAGCGCAAACCUGCAGCUGAAAAAUGUGUGACUAGUGAGCGAACAAAAAAGUUUAUUGGCCAGCGUAAGAGUAGCAUGGAAUACAGUUCUCCUCUUGGAGGUGGAGAUGAUGGAAAUACUAACACUGAAUCUGGCUACAAUAGUUACAACAGACCUCCACAGGGCCCAGGGAGGCCAAAUCUUCGUGAUCGAACUAAUACAUCUGCUGUUGCCCCUGAUGUGUCUCGCUUAGAACCAUCUGUUACAAGUUCACAGCAACAUCCAUCCACAGAUGCUGUUGCUUCACCAGAACUGCUUCCACCAGAGCCUGAGCCUCUGGAGCUCAAAGAUCUUUUUAGAACCAUUGAUCCCACAGCUUCACCUUUUUGCUGAUUCCUUUUGUAUUGUAUUUUUCAUCUACGCUUUUCUUUGUUCAUGCAUGCUACUGUGAUGAUCAUAGGCUUACAUAAUAAUGUAAACCUGUUUAAAAAGGCCAACAUAGAUAUCAAGAUCAAUAGAAUACAUGUCUGUACAAGAAAAAUGUGUUGCUGUGUGCAGUUUAGUGCUGACAAAGAGGUGUGUGUAGGUGCGUGUGUGUAGGUGCGUGUGUGUAGGUGCAUGCAUUUGUUAAAAACAUGAAUGUUACAGUGCAGCGGUUGGUUGCAAGUGAAUUUAUAUAUAGUGAUGAUUCUAGAAGGUAUAAAAUUGGUGAUUGCUGUUAAAUUUGCAACAUGGCACCACAUCAUCACUAGUUUCAUUUCUGAAAGCAUUGUGGCAAGAUCACACAUUUACUCCCAAAUGCAGGCAACUGAGUUUUAGGCUGAACCACUUGUAGUGUAUGCGGCAAAUGAUGAAUUGUUAACCAUAUUGUUGAGUGAUCAGUGAAGUAUGCCAGUAAGGACAUUGUAAGUAUUUGCAAUAUUUAUCAGCAAGGAUCAAAUAUGGAAAGAAAAUAGUUCUUUCUCCACAGUUUAUAGUGAGAAUUUUGAAUAGCAUACACAUGUUUUACAUUAUGGAUAAAAUAUUUAAGUUAUUCUUUGUCACAAUAACAAUGAACUGUUAAAAGCCAAAUGGUUCAAUUAUCCUCCUGUUCUGAAAACGGGCUGAUAUACUAACACUGUGAAGUACUAGUCGCCCUUGUGCGCUUACUAAAAUACCUCAUAAUUUUGCUUUUGAUGAUUUGAGAUUACAAACUGGUCUGUGGUAUCUUGUUUGGAGAGACACAAACUGCUUGUGAAUUGCCUACUUAACCUGGUACGGAUAGAUUUGAUACUGUUUUGCUGCAUAAAGGUUGUCAUUUUAAAGUCUGUGUGAUUAUUUAACUCACAUUUUUUUUCAUUUAGUCUGACAUGUCAGUUAGUAGCAGUAUUAUCACCAAUUGUGGUGAUUGCUGACUUUUAAUCUAUAAGAAAUAUAAUAAUUAAAUAUGAAA